CAAGGAGCGGAGAGUGCGGAAGACAAGGCUUGGGCACAGUGCUGGUACGACCCAAGCUGUCACAGCAAAACAACUUGUGCUUGGAGCUAGAUUGGGCCGCGAUCGGUACCACGAUAAUCCCCGCGGUACUAUAUAAACUGCUUGAGCCGCUCUUUACUCUCUGAGCCGCUGCGUCGAUCCUCCACAACAAACAAAUACAGCAUCCCAUCUCUCUCAAUCCUCCUCUUCCGUACACCAAAUCGGACUAUUUCUAACAUGCGCCUCACCGUCGUCAUCACGACACUGAUCGUCGCCCUUACUUCCGCCCUUCCCGACCCCACGCCCCAGGGCUACACGGGGCCUUGCUCGGUGACAGACUGCGGGGUUAGUCAUUUGGAUUGCAGGAACAAGGGCAACUUGUGUGUGCCAUGGCCGAGCACGGAUCCGGCGCUCAGAAAGGGAUGCACGUGUAGUCUGGGGUAGAGAGGAUGCAGACGGCUGAAGGGGAGAAGGGAAAACAACGGCGAGAUGGAAAAGAGACACUUGAGCGUUACAAAGGACGAAUGAUA